UAAACACUACAAAACCCAAAACCUCACAAGCUCUACUGAAAAGCUUCAAUGGCGUGCAUAGUCUCCAUAAGCUUCUCCGCCCCCCUUCGUCCUCCUUCACUCAACAAAAUUUAUCGGGGAAAAUCGGCGCCAGCCAGGCUUUCACGUAAUGCAAUUGUUACUACAGCAGCCAAUCUUGUUGCCGCCUGCAGCUUAGAUAGAGGCUUAUUUCCUGUGAGUCAGAGCUCUCAUUGUCAUUUAACAGCUUCUUUAAAGCAUUUUGAUGAAAUUGUUUCUUGUUUGGAUAUAAGUUCUUGUACUCAUAUGAAAAUAACUGGUUAUUGGGUUGGACCAGAUGUUGAUGAUGGUUGGGGUUUUGUAGAAGCAUUUGUUAAACGAAUUACUUGAUUUCCCAUUUAUCACGAAUAAUUUGCAUGGUUUUUUUUUUUUUUCUCUGGUUUCUGUAAGUUACUAGAUGGAUGUUGCAGAAUCGCUCAGGCAAUGAUCUAAAAGCAC